CAGAUGAUCGCGCCAACUCCGCGCCGCAAUGCGCAUUCACUACAAAUCAGUGUCCUCGUUCCAAAAGGUAAUACCUGUGUAUCACCGAUAUCUCCAUUUUGUCUUCUCGUCGCAUCACUCCAACGCGUAUCCGAUUUCUUAAUUCACUACGGUUAGGAUUGCCACAGUGGCCACUCGUGCCGUACGCUAAUUGGCACACGUUAGCCAUCAGCUUUCCUGAUGUAUAGUGCAAUCCUUCGUGCCAACGACCCCUUGGAAAAUAGUUCUGGAACCUGCACUCUAUCAUAAUAUGCCAUCAAAAACCGAAUCCAUUCAACCUGGACCGCUAGUCCGAGCAUUAAUAAUCAUCCUCGUGAAGGCACAAAACCAAAAAUACCUUCAACGAGUAUGGAAGCUCUUGCCUGGUCUUACGUCGGUAUAUAACCUAUACAUCAAAGUCAAACCAUUCGACAACAUGGCUGAGGCCUACGCCAUGCAAUUUGUUGCACAACGCACAUCAAUUCCAGUGCCAAAGAUCCAUUACGCUUUCAUCCACAAGGGCGAAACUUAUAUCGUUAUGAACAGGAUCGAGGGGCAAAUGGUGUGGCACAGGUGGCAUAGCCGUUCAGAAGAAUCGAAGCAACGGAUUCGUGAACAGCUUCGAGCGAUGGUGGCCGAUCUUCGCUCAAUUCCUCCCCCCGCGGGCACAGGAGUUGCUAGCAUGAAUGGAGGCCCCUUCUGCGACUGCCGCCGGCCCUCAAAGCUACUCUGGGGUCCGUAUCCCACGACCCGCGCCUUUCAUGAAGCGCUUGCAAACAAUGCAAACAUAGACGUAGAGUAUGAGAACUUACCUCUUGAGGUAUCGGAGCUCUUUCACUUUUAUCAAAAAUCGAGCAACAAAUUGGUUUUUUCGCAUAAUGAUCUCAGCAGUCUAAACAUAUUAACUCGAGGUGAUAGGGUGGUUGGCAUUGUCGAUUGGGAAACAGCAGGAUGGUUCCCGCCGUAUUGGGAGUAUACAUGUGCCAAGUACGUGAAUCCUAAGAAUGAUUUCUGGGCAGAAGAGGUAGACCAUUUCAUAACGCCUCUGCCGUAUGAGCUUAAGAUGGAAAGCAUCAGACGUGAAUACUUUGGCUCUUAUUAAGUACUGUUACGAAAUGCGUGCUAAGACCUGUAAAUGCUUAGUACAUUUGGUAAUGUGCCUGCUUUUGGCCUGAGACGAAAAGUACUAUUACGAAAUGCGUGCUAGGAUUUGCAAAGGCUUAUGCCUGCUUUCGUCCUGGGACGAAUAGUACUGUUAUGAAGAGUGCCAGCACGGAAUCCGUGACGGUACGUGCCAGCGCCCAGUACGUUCUGUAUCAUUCCGGCGUGCCAAGGUACGUACUACUGUCUAGUAUGCGAGAUCGUCCUCGGCGAAAUAGAACUUGGUCGAUUAUAGCCUCGCAGUUUGUGCCUUCCAGGUCCAUAUUUUGUUCAUGUAUGUAUGACGUUAAAAAGCCA